AUCAAACAUGCCCGCCACCGUCAAGACCUCCGUGCCAUCGGCCAACGAUGUGCUGAUGCCAGAGACCCUCCUCAAGAAGAGGCGAGGUGACACCAAGGCUCGUGAGCAGAAGGCUGCUGACCGAGUCGAGGCCAAGAGGGCCCAGAAGAACAAGCGCCGAGUCAUCUUCAAGCGUGCUGAGCAGUACGUCAAGGAGAACCAGGCUCGUGAGCGUGAGGAGAUCCGUCUGCGCCGCGCUGCCAAGGCCUCGGGCGACUUCUACGUCCCUGCCCAGCCCAAGGUCGCUUUCGUCAUCCGUCUGCGUGGUAUCAACAACAUCGCCCCCAAGCCCAGGAAGAUCCUCCAGCUCCUCCGACUGAUCCAGAUCAACAACGGUGUCUUUGUCAAGCUGACCAAGGCCACCCAGCAGAUGCUGCAAUUGGUUGAGCCCUACGUGACCUACGGAGAGCCCACCGUCGCCUCGAUCCGCAACCUGAUCUACAAGCGUGGAUACGCCAAGGUCAACCGCCAACGUCUGCCCAUCACCUCCAACACCCUCAUCGAGGAGCACCUGGGCAAGUACGGAAUCAUCUCCGUCGAGGACCUGGUUCACGAGAUUGCCACUGCUGGCCCCAACUUCAAGUACGCCAACCAGUUCCUGUGGUCCUUCAAGCUGUCGAACCCCAACGGUGGAUUCAAGGGCAAGAAGUUCACUCACUACAUCGAGGGUGGUAACACUGGUAACCGUGAGGGUGACAUCAACCGCAUGGUCAAGCUGAUGAACUAAGCGCAUCCAUGUCAUGAUUGGUGAAGGGGAGAGGGGCUCGCCCUGACUCUCCUGAUAGACGGCCAUGUGUUGCUGAGAGGUCCAGUGGCUGGGCUUCGUCAGAUGGCAUCGGUGCGGUAUAGGGGUGCACACAGACUGGGGCGGCUGUCCUACAGUAUGUGUUCCCUCUUUUUCGAGAGUUGUGUAUGAAUGCUCAUGGCUGGGAGAUUGUCGUUUCAGCAUACGGUCUCGCGUCAUCUCCUCGAGCGUGUCCCUGCCACAACGUCUUUUCAUUCCCUCUUACUUGCAUCUCCCCCACUCUCCCCCCUUGUAUUCGUGCUUCAUACUCUCUUUCCACAUCACAAAAUACAAAAGUUCAGC